CCUGCAGUGUUGCACUCUGGCAGCAGCUCCUCGCACUAACAGAGAGAAGCUGCAGCAGCAGCAGCAGCAGAGCUCCCACGCCCACUGAGGAGGAUCCACAGGACUGCUUUCACUCCAUCCCUCUCUUCCUCUCUCUUAAAUCUGUGCUCAGCAUUAUCACAAGUGCUGAAGCGUCCUGGUCACCACCUCCAAACAAAGCACCAUCCAGAAGCAGAAACUUCACGGCUUCCCUUUCCCUUCCUGCCUCAGGAUGUUGGAGCUCGGACCUGAGCGAUGGAGGCUGAUCUGCUUGUCCCUCCUGUGCCUGUGUCUGUGCCUGCCGAGGGAGCUGAACGCCAGGAGAGCCCCGAAGACUCCCCGCUGCCCUGCCACCUGCUCCUGCACCAAAGACAGUGCCUUCUGUGUGGACACCAAGGCCAUUCCCAAGAGCUUCCCUCCUGGAAUCAUCUCUUUGACCAUGGUGAACGCGGCCUUCACCACGAUCCCGGAGGGAGCGUUCUCGCACCUGCACCUGCUGCAGUUCCUGCUAUUGAACUCCAACACAUUCACCACCAUAUCGGAUGAUGCCUUCGCUGGUCUGUCUCACCUUCAGUACCUGUUCAUUGAGAAUAAUGACAUUCAGUCUCUGUCAAAGUUCACCUUCAGAGGACUCAAAUCACUGACUCAUCUAUCCCUUUCAAACAACAACCUGCAACAACUGCCCAGAGAUCUGUUCAAACACCUCGACAUCCUCACAGAUUUAGACCUGCGUGGGAACUCUUUUCGCUGUGACUGUAAAAUCAAAUGGUUGGUCGACUGGAUGGAGAAGACCAACACGUCUGUUCCUGCCAUCUACUGUGCCAGCCCCUUCGAGUUCCAGGGACGCAGAAUCCAGGAUCUCGUGCCACGAGACUUCAGCUGCAUCAGCGCAGAUUUUGCAGUUUAUGAAACCUUCCCUUUCCACUCCGUGUCUGCGGAGUCCUAUGAGUUCGGUGGAGAUCAGUAUGUGGCCUUUGCUCAGCCUGACACAGGCUUCUGUGCCGUGUAUGUUUGGGAUCACGUGGAGUUGGUCUUUAGGAAGUUUCACAACAUCACCUCUCGCUCGGCUGUGUACUGCAAACCUGUGGUGAUUAACAACACACUUUACAUGGUCGUGGCACAACUUUUUGGUGGAUCCCAUAUCUACAAGUGGGAAGAAGGCCCACUGCGCUUUGUGAAGAUCCAGGACAUAGACACCACUCGCGUGAGGAAGCCGAACUUCGUGGAGACCUUCCAGAUAGACGAAGAGUGGUACUUUGUGGUCGCAGACAGCUCCAAGGCGGGCUCCACCAGUAUUUACCGCUGGAACAGCAAUGGCUUCUACUCCCACCAAUCCCUCCAUCCCUGGCAUCGGGACACUCAUGUGGAGUUUCUCGAUGUGGCGGGAAAGCCUCACCUCAUCCUGUCCAGUGCUUCCCAACCACCGGUUGUAUACCAGUGGAGCCGAAGCCAGAAGCAGUUUGCUUUCUUCACCCAAAUCACUGAGCUGCCGGACGUUCAGAUGGUUAAGCACUUUGUGGUGAGGAGAGUGCUUUACCUUUGCGUCACGCGCUUCAUUGGCGACUCGAAGAUCCUCCGCUGGGAAGGUCAGCGUUUCACAGAGAUCCAGACUCUGCCGUCUCGUGGCUCCAUGGCCGUGUAUCCUUUCACCGUGGGCCUCCACCAGUACCUCAUUCUUGGAAGUGAUUUCUCCUUCUCCAGGGUUUAUCUGUGGGAUGACCUCACGCAGCGUUUCCAGCCCUUCCAGGAGCUCAACAUGAGGGCCCCGAGGUCGUUCAGCUUGGUGACCGUCGACAACAAGGACAUUCUGCUGGCUGCUACCUUCAAAGGCAACACCCUGGCCUACCAGCACCUGGUGGUGGAUCUCAGCGCCAAGUAGACGUGUCGCUGUACAAGUAAUGUGCCAAAAACAACGUGUCUAAGCCAUGUAAUGAAAGAUUUGUUGUUUCACUUGUUGUUUUAAGCGAGGAAACUAAUUCAAUUAUGCACUAUCCCUUCAAAUCUGAGUGAAUGCCAACAUGGAUUCUGUGCCACUGUCAUAUUACUGCUUCUGUACAGCCAACCACACAGGCCUGUUAUUUUUCAAAGUAUUGUGUUAUAUAUUGUACUUUACUGACUUUAGAAUUGUGUGCAUGUGCACCUUAUUCACUGGAUGAGACUGGAAAUGAUAACUAACUUUAAAACUAUGACGAUUUUGUAAGUUACACAGUGAAGUUUAACAGUUCACAUUUUGCAUGAUACAAAUAAUGCAGUUUGCAUGUUCUCCCUGUGUGUGUGUGUGUCUCCUCCGGGUUUAAUGAAUAAAGAUGGGUGGAUGGACAAAUAAUGCAACUAUUCCAAAUAAGCAAUACUUAAAAAUCCUUGAUCAUGUAUGUCUUUAUAUUUGAAAUAUUACUUCAUUUAACCCUGACUUCGCCAAGCAUGCCACUAGGAAAGGUGGGAACAAUGUGAUAACAAAGUGUCCAAUACCUAAUGCAUCAAUAAAUCUGAACUGUCCCUUUAAGAUUUGUUUUUCAACAAUAACAUGGGAUCAGAGCUGAUCUGGGACAUGAGUGAAUUAAACAAGGGACCCCAAAAUUAACUGAAAAUGUGAACCUAUUUGUCUGUUUAGUGUAAUGCUUUGUAUCGUGGCUUGUUUGUUUUGAUAGAAAAUGGGAAUGUGUGGGAGCUAUGAGAUUAAGGAAUGUAUAUAAAAGUUCUAUUUAAAAAUUG